AAACAGAAUGGACUUAAAAACAACUUAAACUGGAAGCAGUGGGUGGUGGUAGUAGACAUUGUCUCUGUGUGGUGGUAAUCGGCAGUAUUAUUAUGAAGUCAGUUCUCUUAGAUAAGUCCACUUAUUGCAUAUUUAAAAAUUACCACUAGAUCAACUCAGGACACCUGAAUUUUUAUCCAGUUUAGCUGUUUGCUAUUCUGUCCUGUGUCGUAUUGGUUUACUCAGUUAUAAGAUGAGUAAAUUGGUCAAAGUGUUCUCUGAAUUCUUGCUAGUUGUAGUGUGUUCCAUGGCCCGACAACAUCUGGAUAUUCAUUCCUGAGAGCUUCUUAGAAAUGCAGAAUUUUGGGCUCCAUCUGAGAUUCUGAAUCAUAAACUACAUCUUAACAAGAUCACCAGAUAAUUCUUGUAUAUAUUAAAGCUUGAGAAGCACUGUGCUAAGGUACUUUCCAACCUAAAGUUCUAUUAUUCUAUGAACUUUAAGAUUACAUGUUUUUUAUGGUAAGCCAGAAGCAUGUGCAUAUGAUUAUCAACAUUAUGAUUCUUUGUUAACUUUUCUGUGUCUGAUUAGAAUGUGAACUCCUUGAGGGCAGGGGCCAUGACUUAUUUCACUUAGAAUACCUAGUGCUUCACACAUUAUCUACUAUCUAAUAGGAGAUAAAUUAAUGUUUAUUUUUUUAAAUGUUGUUUUAGUGACCCUCAAUACAGUAAUAAAAAUUUAUUGAGUGUUUACUGUGUACAAAAUGUACCACACUAAGGCACAUAGAUAUUUAAGCCCUGGUCCUUGCCCUUGGGUUAUUAUAGUCUGUAUGAAAAGAGAAGUGCCGAGGCAUGAACUCUGAAACCAAAGAUUUACAUAAAAAAUGGAAUAAAAUAGUUUAAGAGAUGGUACCAAGUUGCUGCUGAUUAAUUGCCAGAUAAGUGUUAUAAAUGCUGUAAGGUGCUAUGGCCUAGUAGCAAGUGUUUAAGAGAAACAGUAAUUGACCUGAGAUAGAGGUGAGGAGUUUGGAGGGGUAAGGACAACAACAAAAGAUACUAUUUAAAUAUUUUAAUGUUCUUUGAAAUCAGUUCCCUAGCUCAGAGUUGACAAGAGCUGUCAUAGGCUGCUCUUAAUGGGACACUUCCUGGGAUCUUAGAUCUUAGAUCCAUGGACUUGCCUGUGGGGAGGAGGUUGGGACCAGAUGAUUUCCUAAAGUCUUUCCCAGGGGUGUUCAUCCUAAUUGUUGUAAUUCAUUAGCUAACCUGCGUGACCUUAAGUAUAUUUCCUUUUCUUUUCUUGAAAGUGCAUUUAGGAACAGAACUUGAAAUGUAAAACAUUUGUCUUUCAAAGUAGGAUGCUCUGGAUCUGGAAUGAUGAGUAUUUUUCACUGACCAAAAUACUACUUAUAAGUAUUUUUUGUGUGUAUGUGUGCGUGCAUGUGUGUGUGUAGUAGAGUAAGUCUGGCCUUCUGGUCUACUUCCCAGAAUUUAUCUCGUUAGUUCACAGGUAUCUAAUAUAAUGUUGGUGACAGACUCUCAGAAUUGUAAAUCCUGUCGAAAAUCAUGUAGAUUUUAUUCAAUCAAUUAAUAAAUGUCACCAAAAAGAGACAAGGCAUGUUGCUUUCUUUUAAGCACUGAGGUCUACUGGAAUAUAAAGACUUGAAAGAUAGCCUAUAGAGGCUUACCAUCUUGUUGCAGAAUUGGGACUUGUGUACCUAUUAAAAAUAAUGAUAAAUAUAAACAUCAGAUAAGAUUUAUAGGCAGUAAGUGCUUAUAUAGAGAGAUGAGAAGACUUCAGUUUGAAUUUCAUUCCUUAAGUUUUGAACAUUUUGUAAACAUAUUUGUGAAAAAUCUUUAUCUGAGAUGAUCUAUAUUAAAUAUUUGCUAAUCCCAGUUAAGGGUGAAAAAUGUUUAGUUGAGGGAGGGAAACUUUUUCUAAACAAAUUAAUAUGUGGGGUGGUGAAAAUAGACUAUUUAAAGAGUCACUAAAUUGAUUUUUUUUUUUUUUUUUUAAGAAACAAUAACAAGGAGUUUUUUGUUUGGAAUUUUAGCCAACUUCAUGUAUUGCAGGUACCCCUACCACACAAGCCAAACAAGUUUGCAGACCCAGUGACCGCAGGUCAGUCCGGCCCAAGCCUGCCAGGGUCCCUCCUGAGCUGCUGGGAGGCUAUCCUCCACGGAAGACUCUUGAUCCCUGGCUGGGCCCCUGCUCUUUGUCUGAGUUGGGUUGGGUCUCUGGUUCGUCUUCCUGUGGAGAGCCUGGGAACCAGAGGAAAACUAUUCAUGUUGACUUCCUUGAACCACAGAGGGAUGUUGGCAGGGAGACCUGGGAAGUGGAAAGCACACCGAUGCUGAUGAAGAAAAAAAAGAAGAAACCAAAGCAAAAGAGAUAUUCGCAACCUCGGGCAGGGGGACUUUGGGAUGAUGACAGUGCAGAUGAGCCUAAAAGUCAUUCCUUUGCAGCUGACCCACAAAAAUCAGGUGUUCUCCCCAGCCAGUCUACCACCAUGGGCACAGAAUAUGGACCUGUAUCCAAAGAAAACUUGAAAAAGGAAUGUGUAGUUGACUCCAGAGCAGCCAAACUGAUAGCUGAGAACUUUGUCUCAGAGAGUCUCAAAGUUCCUUUGUGUCCUUCAGAAGAACCCUUGAAAAGUGAACUAAAUUCUCAGCCCAGACUGAGAGUAGAGUCAGAGGUCAAAGGCAACAAGUCAGUACCACUGAGCCAAGACAAGAAAUUGCUGCAGCAAGAUGAAUGCAAACCACAGCCUGUACCCCAGCUGAAGACUCCUGUACCUAAAAGCCAGGAAAUAAACUCUUUCAAUCUGAAAGGACCCCUUUCAGAAAUUUCUGCACACCAUCUAGAAACUCCUUUGGAGAUCAGACCCAAAGAGGGUCACUCUCCUGUUUUGAACCAAGAGGUUAAAGGUAGCAUGUCAAGACCCACAACAGCAAAAGAACUGCCUAAUUUGAUACCUACUUUGACAGCAAAUAAUCCAUUAGAAAGUAUUCUGCAAGAAGGGGAUGAUGAAAGUAAAAUGACUAAACUGCAGAAUAUCAAACAGGAACAGUUUUCUGAAGGAGCUGAAGAAGUUAAAGAACUAAAAAAGGAAGCAUUUCCCAAGCAAAAGCAAGAGAUCAGCGUCUUUGUUUCUGAGCAGCUGCAGGGCAAGGUGUUAGAUCAGAUCCCUGAGCUGGGGAAUGAACCAUUUAAGAGAAUAGCAGGUGAUGGCAAGAGCAGGAAGGGAAGGGGAAGUUCUGGGAAGGUGAGAGCAAAUUCUGGGAAAGUGAGAGCAAGACCUGAACUGUCAUGUCCUAUAGACAGCCAGAAGUACAGCAUGGCUGAUCUUGUGCCAAGUGAGCCAGCCCUAAAACCAGAACAAAUGGCUGCUGGGGGUAAAAAUGAGGAGCUGGGGCUAGAUUCUUCAAAGCAACCAGGGACCAUGGCUGAUCUCAUUGAGGCAGUGGUGAUGGGGGAACCUAAGGAGAAGACUGACCCUAUGGUGCCAUUGAUUCCUUUGGGAAAUCAGUCGGGCAUAACUCAAAUUUCUGGUGGUAGCACAGAAAGAGGAGCCGUGGCCAUAGAUAUGGGUGUCAGUAACCAGAGCAAGGAAGGAAAGUGUCCUUGGAUGGAUUCUGAGGCAGCUCCCUGGAUUUCUGAAAAGCCUAAAAAAAGAGGCAACGAAGGCAAAAACAAAAAGUUUAAAAACAGUUAUUCCAUACAGCCUGCUAGAAUGGAGAGCAAGGCAGAAAUCCUCCGUCCACCUUUUGAAGGUAAUGAUGGAGCUGCUGGUAGUAGUCCCCAUAAAAACAAGGAGUUAGGACUCAGUUUCCCCAAAAUGCGUGAUCCUUUGUUCUCUGAUACAUCCAGUACACCCACAGUGGAAUUAGUUGACAGAAAGGGUAGAAAUGUUGAGGCUAGUUCUUUUGAGCUUGGGGCUUUGUCAGAGAACAAAACAAGCACAGUCAAGGAUUGUGCUGUUACUCAGUCAGCAGCCAUGGUGACAGAUGUGAGCUGCCAAGACCAAAUCCAGGGGGUAGAAUUUAUUCCUUUAGUAUUGUCUGAGGAGAGUAAGACAGAUGCAGCUAAGGAACAGACUGCAGUGGCUGACAAACCAAAUAAAAGGAGUGAUGAUGGAAAAAGUAAAAAGGUUAAAAAUAAUUUUCCCCAGAAGCACAUUCUAGAGAAUAAGAUAGAUGCAGCAAAAAUACAUGUUCCCAUGGAAACCACAGAGGACCACAGAAUUGAAGGACUGGGCUAUGUGGACGAAAAUAGAAAUAUUACAUUUACCUGCCCCAGAAUACCACCAGGGUUGAUGAAUAAGUCAGCCCCUCUAGAGGCUAUGGAAUCAGCAGCCAAUGAAAAACUGCCCAUUUCUACUCCUCAAGUAGUUAAGGAAGGUGAUUUCUUUCCAGAUACUUUGGCAGAAAGUGGGCAAGAAGCAGCCCCAGCCCAAAUUUCCAAAUUAGUGGUAGUAGAUGACUGCAGCAAAGAUGGAGUCCCAGAUCAAGAAAGACCCAAGGCUCCCUCUACUGUUAUGCCUUCUACAAACACAGGAGUUGCCCUAAUUUUCCCAGCAGCCAUAGAAACAGUUGGCAGCCAUGGGAAUCACUAUUCUAAGAAUAAAGGUGAGCUUGCUUAUCCUAUGAAAAAUGAAGAAGGAAUAAAUGGAGGGCAUGUGGUAGGAAAAUCUGAGUCAGUGCACAGUGGUGCAUCUGAGCAUUUAAUAGAGAAAACCACAGAGCCUGCAAAAGGCCACGUUCUUCCUAGAGCACCAGAAGACCAUAGCCUACCAGGAGAAGUCAGAGUCCUAGAAGCAUGUGCAGAUAGGGGUAAUUUUCCAGCAUGUCCAGUGAAAAAAGAAAAAGAGACCGAGGAAGGGUCUGCUCCAGCUCAAAUUCCUGGUUUACUGGGAGACAAAGCACAAAAGCCCAGUUCCUGUGAGGACCAAAAUGCUGAAUGUAGAGAUUCCAAGGACUCAGAUAGUUUGAAUAAGGGGGUGGAUGUAACUCUUUUGCCUGCAAAAAGUAAAAAGGAUGAAUUGAAAGAAAUGAGUCUGGCUUGUAAAAUCACAGAAUUGGAAUAUGCUUCCUUGGUAACACGAGACCUCCAGUCAAAUUUCUUAUGUGGCGAAGUUGAAGCUCCCCCUUCUGGAAUGGUAGAUGAGUUAGUAGUGACUGCUCCCAAGGGUCUUCAACUCCCAGAACCCAAAGAUAAGAUCUUGGAGGCACCUCUGAAAAGAACAGAAAUAUCUGAACCUGUGGCACUGGGAGAAGGGAAGAAAGAAAAUAAAAGCAGAAUGGCAGAACCAGUGAAAGGCUACAUGAGACCUACCAAGUCCCGGGGACUUACUCCACUUCUGCCAAAGUCUACAAUCCAGGAACGAGAGCGAUCCAAGCAACGGAAGUCCAUUGGUAUGAACCAGCCAUUGCUGGGGAAAUGCGUGUGCUUGAGGCUUUUGAGUCAGCAUCAAAAAGGCAGAAAGCUCGUGCCUUGGUUCCAUUCAAACUCUAAUCAUCCUUGUUAAUCAUUGGUUUGUUGGCAUGGACAUCUAUGACUACUAAUUGUGUGCUUUCUGUAACCAAGGCAUGCCUUGUGUCCAGCUUGAUGAGGCUAGUGACUUGGUUGCAUGUCUUUAUUACCCAGCACUCAACCUUGAGUUUUAAGAUUAGUUAAAUUUCCAACAGUAAAUUGUUUAGCAGAAGGUCUGUCACAAUCCAGCUAUUCUUAAUUUAAAAAAAAAAAAACAAAAAAAAAAUUU